UGCUGUGGAAUUGAAUUUUGUGAACCAUAUGACAUAGGAUCUCUUUCUAUUGAUGCAGCGCUUAAAGUGUUAUGCAAAAAUAUUGAUAGAAAUAGAGAAGUGGAGUCCAUAUUGCAAGAAAGACCUCAGGUGAGGCAAAUAGCAGAGAAAUGCAGCUGUUGUCCUUUAUAUUUGGAGCUUAUUGGAUAUGUUAUCUUCAUCAACGGAAGAAUGAAGUUAAGCCUAAUGAAGUUGAACCUUAUGAGCAAGUACUCCAUAAACUAGAAGAUGGAGGUUUUUUUAGUGGAAGUAAGAUGUACAAUUUUGAUGAGCAGAGGGUUCUGUUUACUUAUGAUGGACUUAAUCCAAGUGCUAAAGAAGCUUUUCUUGAUAUAUGCUCAUACUUUUCUAGUUGGGGAUGGGAAUGGGAAAAAGUUGAACGGAUUGUGGGAUGGGAAGAAAUGCUAUGUUUAGAAGAAGGAGCUCUCAUCAAGAGAGAAGGUAAGGAGAUAAAGAUUCAUGAUUUGAUUCUAACAGCUGGUCGUAACAAAUCAAAAGACAACCGAUUCAAUGAUGCAGAAGCUUUUUCAGUGGCCUUGAAAAAUAAAGAGCGUGUUUCCCAAAUAAAAGGAAUAUGGAUAGAAAGCAUGAAGAGUCCGUUGCUUAUAUCAGCAGAAGAGUUAGAUGCCAUGAGCCGGUCUUUGCGAGUGCUUUGUAUGGGAAAUGAAGCAGCCAAGUUGAUAACUAUAAAAGGGAAAUGCGGCGAACAAUUUGACGAGCUAAGGUUUCUUGACGUAGAAAGUGAGAUGUGUAAUUUACCUGUCAAUAUGUUCAACCUCAACCAAUUGAGAUACCUAUCAAUAGGAAAUCCUAAGGAGGAUGUCAUUUUGAGUCGGUCCAUGAAUCUUCCAAAUUUAAAUGUGCUCGAAUUUAGGGGUGGCCGAAUACAUGGAAUCGCUGAAAUUGCACGUCUGUGUUCACUAAAGCAACUGACCUUGGGUGAAUGUCAAGCUGACUGGAUUUCGCAGUGCUUUACAAAUUUACAUCAUCUGCAAAGGUUGAAUUUGUCCUCGUGUCGAGACCUAACAGAAUUGCCCGAAUCUCUUGUCAGGCUCCAGUUUUUGCAGAAGUUGGAUUUGAGGAGUUGUUGGAAUCUGAAGCAGUUGCCGGCUGGAUUUGGGGAGUUGACCACUCUUACUGAGCUUCACCUGUUAUGUUGCCGGAGUCUGCAAGAGCUCCCACGUGAUUUGGAAAAGCUUACCUCAUUACAGUAUUUGAAUAUAGGCGGGUGUUCCAGUCUGCUUUGCCUCCCGGCUGGAUUGGAAAACUUAACAGCUUUAACUUCUUUAAGAAUAUAUGGAUGUUCAAGUCUGACAUGUCUUCCCCAUAACCUUGGAGGCUUGAUGUCUGCGUUGGGAUCCAAUGUAGAUUUUGAUAGCUGUUCAAGUUUAAGUGAACUACCAGAAGAUAUUUACAAAAAUGAAAUGGUCAGAAGUAUUUCAUUAGGAGAUUGUAGAAAAUUGGAGAGGCUUCCCAGCAGGUUCGGUGAGCUCACUUACCUCCAACGUUUACGCUUAAGUAGAUGUGAAAGCCUACAAGAGCUGUGUAAUGACUUCCAUUACCUGGGAGGAUUGACAGAAUUACAAUUGAAUAAUUGCAAGAGCUUGUCAAGCUUGCCUCUAGGUUUUGGGAAUCUUACUUCUCUAGAAACCUUAAAUUUAUCAGGAUGUGAUAAACUGGAGGAAUUGCCCAUUGACUUCCAUUGCCUUGUAGCACUGAAGUAUCUAGAUCUGUCCGAGUGUAAUAGAUUAUGCAAUCUUCCAGACCGUUUUGGGGAGUUUGGCUGCUUGGAAUGGUUGUCUCUAUCAGGAUGCUCUAAAUUAGUAAAGCUUUCUGAUGAUUUCCAUCUUCUCCGAUCUUUAAUAAGAUUGGACCUUUCCAAAUGUGGGAGUUUGGCUGGUGAAUGGAUGGAUAAGGUGGGGAAUAUCAAGAGCUUAUGGCGCCUCGACAUUGUAGGCAGUGAAAGAAUGAUACAGCGGUGGAUGGAAACGAAAAGCCAAAAAGAAAGGAAUCUGACGGUGCUAACAGCCGUCCCUCAGGGUAGAGAAGGAGACAGGGCUUUUUUGUUGUUGGAAGGGGUGUUAUCAAAGGUAUUUGAUGAGGAAGGGCUUCUGGUUGAUGCAGAUGAACGCCCUUUCCAUUCAUCCUCACUUAAACCACAAACUCCACUCAUCUUCAUCAUUGAUGAGAAAUAUCACUAUAGCUGGAUGUCAGAAGAAUUAGGAAAGAACCUGCAGCAGCUGCAAAGUAUUUCAAAAGAGUUGCAAAUCAUAUAUGUUGGGAGCUAUUUUAAAUCAAUCUCAUCUGAGUUGGCCAUCCCAAUCCUGGCUUAUACACCUGACAACUCCUCUUUCUAUCACAAAUUAUCUGCUUUGUUUCACAUUUAUGACACUGCAGUUUUCCGUAGCACUGAUGAAUUAGAAGAAAACGGCCUAAAAUGCUUGUCAGCGUGGGAAGACAUAUCUUCUUAUAUGUGCAAUCGAGUGAACUUUCUCACAAAAACUCCUCUAGAGAGCAAUAUUGAAUUGCUGAACGAAUUGCUGGUAACUAACGAAACAGAUUAUCUCUUGCUCAGUAAAAACCGUCAGGUAAAGGUUGCCGCUCUACAAGGAAAAAUGAUAUUACUGCUCUACACAAAUCUUGAGGAAACCCAGGUAUUGCGCACCUCAGUCGUGAAAGAAAUGUAUUUGAAGAUGCAAGACAGCCAUAAUUAUGAGGCUGAACUUGUUUGGGUUCCAGACAUAUAUGAGGAAGGGAAUUCAUGGGAGGAGUUUGAGAGAGUGACUGCCAAUGCUCCGUGGCCAGUGGUACCAAAUCCAUGCUUGAUAGACGGGGACAAAAUGCGGCCUUCUAUUUCGGGUUGGCAGCAAAAACUUCCAUGCGUUUGUGUGGUGGACAAGAAGGGAAGGAUUUCAAAGGACAAUGCACUGCCGAUGAUAGAAAGGUGAGGGUUGGAGGCGUAUCCAUUUUCUCAAGAUCGUGAAGAACUGGCAAAGCCAGAGUGGGUGGCAUUCAAAUUCGAUUCUUUAUCCAAUUUGCAAUUUGUCUUUCCGAAUCUGGAGUUCUCAAACAAGGCAAAGGAGAUGAUGGAUCGAGGAGUAAUGAUGUUGAAGCUCGCCCCUGGCUUAAAUUGUGCUUUGACAAUGUUGGAAAUGGACUUCCUGGUGUUUUAUGUUGCUCGCAGAGACAUCUGUGCAAAAGAAAACGAGGAUGAUGUCCCUUGCACAGAAGCCUUCUCCUUCUAUGAUAUGUACAAUUUUUGGCACCGUGUUAGAUCUUUUUUGCUAAAGGACUUAAAUGGAAUGGGAGGAAAUGAAAGGAUAGUGAAGUUGAGAAGAAUGGUAUUGGGUCUUGCUAGUGAGCAGAGGGAGAGUUGGUAUCGCCCAAAAGGAGAGUGGGAGAUGAGAGUAGUGUUGGUGGAUGGAAAUGGUGAGAUGACAAGUAGGAGGGGAAUGGAAGUGGUAGAACUACCAUGUGGUGAUGGAAAUGAUAGCAAGGAAAAAUUGGUGGAGGACAUGAAAACCGGAGAUGUUGAGAAAAGUGCAGAGAGCAUGUGGAGAGAUGGAAUCAUCCAUCCCGAACAUGAAUGGGAUGGUUUACCCACUUAUAACGGGCAUCUUCUCCUCAGACUAUGGAAUUCUGAUAAUGGAAUUAGUUGCAGUUUAUGCGGUGAGGAAAGGAAUACAGUAUAUCAAUGUACUGAAUGUGAAAAAUAUGUAAUAUGUGAAGAGUGCGAGAAAGUAAAAGCAAAAUUCCUAGAUGAAAUGACUAGGAGUGAAGAAUGGUAAUGAGAGCUGUAGUAGUUUGUGUAUAAAUGUAAAUGAAGGCAAUGACAUAUUUCAACUA